CAAUCAGUUUUUCCAAGUUUUUUCAUUACACAACCACAGUCAAUGUCAACUACACCAUUACCAGCUCAAAAAAUUACAUCAAAUUUUUGACUUUUUAGAGUUGCAAAAACAAUUGAAAGCUGCUACAAAGAAGCAUUAUCUUUCACCGAACGAGAAACUUGCUCUUUGCUGUCAAAAGAAACGUCUUACAUCAUCAUGUCAGACUCUCUGCAAUUACGACACUUUUUCUGAUCACACACUUAUAGCAGCUGUAUUAACAAAUCAAUGUCCCGGUAAUCAACUCGAGACGGCCUUCAAUUGUGCCACGUCUAUGGCAGAUCAUUCAUCUUGUUGCAUCAAAAAUGGAAUAGCAAAAUAUAAUGGUGGACGUUGUAUGGUAUUUUGUACGACACAUCAAGGUAAUCCAGGAAAUACAAUGCAAUAUAUUGAUUGCCUUCGAAUUUUUAAUCGAAUCAAAAAUUGCUACCAAGAAUAUCAUACAAUACAUCCCAACCUUUUUGGUGAUUUAUAA